UAAGUUGUCAAGCUGUAUUAGUUUGGUUAUUUUUUGUGCUUUGAUAGUGAUGUACUAAAAGAUUAUUUUUAAGUUUAUUAAACAUGGAUUUCCAAAAUAGACCUGGUGGUAAAACCGGAGGUGGUGGUGUCGCCUCCUGGUCUGAAACUAAUCGAGAUCGCCGAGAAAGACUUCGACAACUCGCAUUAGAAACAAUCGAUUUACAAAAAGAUCCUUAUUUUAUGAAAAAUCAUUUGGGAUCUUACGAGUGUAAAUUGUGUUUAACUUUGCAUAAUAACGAAGGAAGUUAUUUAGCGCAUACGCAGGGUAAGAAACAUCAAGCGAAUUUAGCUAGAAGAGCAGCUAAAGAAGCCAAAGACGCUCCCACACUUUUGCAACCGGAAAAACCUCGAGUCGAGCCUAAAAAGUUUGUGAAGAUCGGUAGACCGGGUUACAGAGUUACUAAACAGCGAGAUCCAGAAACCGGACAACAGAGUCUCUUAUUUCAAAUCGAUUAUCCAGAAAUCAGUGAUGUUGUUUUUCCACGUCAUCGUUUCAUGUCUGCUUAUGAACAAAAAAUAGAACCGCCAGAUCGUAAAUGGCAAUAUUUACUUUUUGCUUCGGAACCUUAUGAAACGAUUGCAUUCAAAGUACCCAGCAGAGAAGUAGAAAAAACUGAUAGUAAAUUUUGGACGCAUUGGAAUAAAGAUACCAAACAGUUUUUCCUUCAAUUCGCAUUCAAAAAUGAAAAUAAGAGAACAACAAAUACGGUUGUACAGAGACAUCCGAUCGUAGGAGGGGUACCGCCUCCGCCUAUGUUACCAGUUCCACCUCCACCAAGACCACCGAUGUUCAAUCCAAUACCUCCGCCGCCUCCAAUAAUGAGAACCGUACUGCCGGUACCACCUCCACAUUAAAUGAAUUUUUAUUGAUUGUAUUGUUUCUAUAUGGUAAAAAUAAAAAUCAUUCUAUAAA